AUGGGCUCCACCCCCUUCACCUCCUCCCCCACCCCUCUCCCCUCCGCCUCCAAGGAAGAGGCAGCCGCCCACCUCGUCCCCACCAACCCCUCCGUCCUGGGCUUCGCCUUCCCCUCGUGGAAGAAAUGGGCCAUUCUCACGUCCGUCUUCAUCGUGCAGCUCAGCAUGAACUUCAACGCGGCCAUCUACUCCACCGCCAUCCCGGGCCUGACGACGCAAUUCGGCAUCACGGAGAACCUCGCCGAAAUCGGGCAGAUGGUCUUCCUCAUCACCUACGCCUUCGGCUGCGAGCUGUGGGCCCCGUGGUCCGAGGAGCUGGGCCGCAAAUGGGUGAUGCAGGGCAGUCUGGCGCUGGUGAACGUGUGGCAGGUGCCGUGCGCGCUGGCGCCCAACUUCGGGACGCUGGUUGCGUUCCGCGCGCUCGGCGGACUGUCGAGUGCGGGCGGGAGUGUGACGCUGGGCAUGGUGGCGGAUAUGUGGCGCGCGGAUGAGCAGCAGUAUGCGGUGGCGUUUGUCGUGCUGUCUUCUGUUGCUGGGAGUGUGAUUGCGCCUGUUGCUGGGGGGUAUAUUGGCACUUACCUCUCGUGGCACUGGGUUUUCUGGAUCUCGCUCAUCUUCGGGGUUGUCGCGCAGACGAUUCAUCUGUUCGUGCCGGAGACGCGCAGCAGCGUCAUGCUGGACCACUAUGCGCAGCGCCUGCGCAAGACUGGAGAGGAUCCCACCGCAUACGGGCCGAAUGAGAUCCGCGGCAGCUUCUGGCAGCGCAUCUCCUGGAAGGAAAGCUGCACCCUCAUGUGGCGCCCAUACAAGAUGCUCUACUCCGAGCCCAUCGUCGGCUUCCUGUCGCUCCUGAGCGGCUUCAGCGACGCCCUCAUCUUCACCGGUCUGGACUCGUACGGGCUCGUCAUGGCCAAGUGGAACUUCACGCGCAUCCAAGUCGGGCUGUCGUUCAUCCCGCUGCUGCUCGGCUACCUCAUCGCCUACGUCAGCUUCAUGGUUGUGUACUGGCGAGAUCGCCGCGUCAUGCGAGCCGGAAAGCCGUACCCGCCUGAGCGCCGACUGUGGUGGUUGCUCUUCACCGUCCUCCUCGAGCCCAUCGGCCUGUUCAUCUACGGCUGGGCGUCGCUCGGUCCACCCCAGUUCCCAUGGUGGGUGCCGCAAAUCUGCGCCGCGCUCAUCGGCAUCGCCAACUUCGCAAUCUACAUGGCCACAGUGGACUACAUGAUCGCCGCGUACGGCGAGUACUCCGCCUCAGCGACCGGCGGCAACGGCUUCUGCCGCGACUUCCUCGCCGGCAUCGCCGCCGUCUACGCCCGCCGCAUGUUCACCCAAAUCGACCCGGGCACCAAGUGGACGCUGCCCAUCCCCUCCUUCAUCCUGUGCGGCGUCGGCAUCCUGCUGUGCAUUCCGGUGUACAUUUUCUACUUCAAGGGCGCGUGGUUCCGCGAGCGCAGUCCGUUUGCCAAGGAGUUGGAGAAUGAGCGGGCGAUGGCUGAGCAGGAGGGGUCUCUGCCUGCUGGAGGAGAGUGA